UCGUAUAACCGGAAUGUUACCUACAGUGCUUUGCAGGAGUGUGCCUGGAUUUUUAUUUUUUUUAAAUUUAUAUUUAUUAAUAUUUAAAUAAUAAAAAAAAUGGUUCAUCAGUACAAUAAAAUCUGAAUGUAUGAUUUUAUUAUCAGUCAGUGUGGAAAAUCAAUCUUUCAAACAUGCUUAUAGGGAGAGUUUUUAAAAGAAUUGCUGGAAGGUCUGCUGGAGGGCAGGCUCUGACGAAAAAUUGGUUUUCAACUUCGCAAAUUUCAUGCAUGAGGAUUGAUGAGACCAACCCUGUGAAACACACUAAUGAGCACUUGGGUUUAUUCUACACGGUCCCUGUCGCUGACAGGGCGAAGCUCUUCCCGGCUGGAGGACUUCCCAAGUCAUUUCUUUCCAGUGUGGACACUUUCAAUGAAAUGUGCUUGAUGAUCAGGAAGCCCGCUCUAGAUGUUAUCAACUAUUUGGAGAAAACAGAUUUUGACAAGCCAGUCAUUAGAUAUGUAUUGUUUGGAAAGCCUGGCUGUGGGAAGACACUGACAUUAGCGCAUAUUGUACAUUAUGCCUACUUAAAUCAAUUUGUCCUCGUACACGUACCAUGGACUUGGACUUGGUUUCGUGAUAAAAAGGUCGACGCGGCCUAUUCAACCAGUCAUGCCGGCAUGGUAGAUCUGCCUGUGGUUUCAGCCAAUUGGCUCAAACAUUUCCAGACACAAAAUGAAAAUUUGCUGAAAAAUCUAGACUUAAAAAUAGGAAAAGAUUAUGUAUGGAAUCAAAGAGAAGUUACAACAGAAGGGAGCUCUAUACAUGAACUUAUAUUACACGGGAUAAACCGUAUCAAAUAUGCUGCUGACUGUGUUGAUGCUUUGAUAUCAGAAUUAAAAGCAGCCAGCAACGCAAAAAAAUGUAAAACUUUAGUAGUCAUUGAUGGUUUCAAUGCCCUCUUAGGCGGAAGUCCAACUGUUGUGAAGACAGAAGAUAAACUUAUGGUCAAUCCUGCUAAUGUCACACUGUCACAAACCAUGAUUAAUGCUUGUAAGCAAGAUUGGACUAAUGGUGCAGUGGUUUUAACGAUAGAUCAAAGGGCUGCAAAAAACAAUUUUUUAAACAACCACUUCCCUCUUUAUUUGCUUGGAAGAAAAGGCUUUGAAACAUUAGACCCAUUCGUUCCAGUGCCAGUAACAGAAUUAACAGAGUCUGAGUUUCAUAAUAUGGUAGAUUAUUAUGAAGAUCGAAAAUGGAUAUUCAGGAAAGAUGGAAGAGUUGAUUUAGAGUUUUUAACCAAUAAGAAUCCUUACAAACUUAGGGAAAUGUGUGGAGGAUUGUAAAUGAGCAUUUAAAUAUGUAACAAUAAAGGUUUUCUACUUGUU